UAUUCCAAGCGACGUAAACAGUAAACACGUGCGGCGAGCUACAGGCAGGCGGAAGGUGUCUUCAUUUAUGUUGGAAAAAAAAUCAUAUAACACAACGUUCGCAUAGAUCUUGCCAACGAGAGGAAAAUUAACAAGUUCACUUAAUUCUCUGAGGAAGAUAUAUUGAAGUAAAGAACAGGAAAAUCACAAACAUGGGGAAGCACAAAAUCAACGUCUUGAAGGAGAACCAGAAGGUCAUUCAUCCCAACAGCAGGAAGGCCAAGAAGUUAAGUAAGAUGGUCAGCAGAGAAAUCAAAAUGAAGAAGAGAAGAGGUGAAAAUAACUUGAAGCUGCAAGUUCUGGGCGACAAACUGCUGUGGUUCAAGAAAGAAAUGGAUCCAAGUAUAGAGGUGGUCACUCCUAAGGAUGUUUUGAAUUUGAUACAAAAGUAAGUGCAGUAUCUUGUAAUGCG